CGCCUCCUCCGCUCUGGGCCAGCGCGGCGGCGGCGGUGGCAGCAGCAGCAGCAGCCCCGGCUGCGGGUCGCGACGGCGGCGGGGCGCCCCCUCCCCCGUGCCGGGGCGCGGCGAAGGGAUGUGGGGCUUUGCGGGAGGAAGGCUUUUCGGCAUCUUCUCGGCCCCGGUGCUGGUGGCGGUGGUUUGCUGCGCCCAGAGCGUAAACGACCCCGGGAACAUGUCCUUUGUGAAGGAGACAGUCGACAAGCUGUUGAAAGGCUACGACAUUCGUCUGAGACCCGACUUCGGGGGUCCCCCAGUCUGCGUGGGGAUGAACAUCGACAUCGCCAGCAUCGACAUGGUUUCUGAAGUCAACAUGGAUUAUACCUUAACUAUGUAUUUCCAACAAUAUUGGAGAGAUAAAAGGCUCGCCUAUUCUGGGAUACCUCUCAACCUCACGCUUGACAAUCGAGUGGCUGACCAGCUCUGGGUGCCCGACACAUAUUUCUUAAAUGACAAAAAGUCAUUUGUGCAUGGAGUGACAGUGAAAAACCGAAUGAUCCGCCUCCACCCAGAUGGGACAGUGCUGUAUGGGCUCAGGAUCACCACCACAGCGGCAUGCAUGAUGGACCUCAGAAGAUACCCACUGGAUGAACAAAACUGCACCCUGGAAAUCGAAAGCUAUGGCUACACCACGGAUGACAUUGAAUUUUACUGGCGUGGCGGGGACAAGGCUGUCACUGGCGUGGAAAGGAUCGAGCUCCCACAGUUCUCCAUUGUGGAGCACCGUCUGGUCUCCAGGAAUGUUGUCUUCGCCACAGGUGCCUACCCUCGACUUUCAUUGAGUUUUCGGUUGAAGAGAAACAUUGGUUACUUCAUUCUUCAGACGUAUAUGCCCUCAAUACUGAUCACAAUCCUCUCGUGGGUGUCCUUCUGGAUCAAUUAUGAUGCAUCUGCUGCUCGAGUUGCUCUUGGGAUCACCACCGUGCUCACCAUGACAACGAUCAACACUCACCUUCGGGAGACUCUGCCCAAAAUCCCCUAUGUCAAAGCCAUCGACAUGUACCUGAUGGGUUGCUUCGUCUUUGUGUUCCUGGCCCUUCUGGAGUAUGCCUUCGUCAACUACAUUUUCUUCGGGAGAGGUCCCCAAAGGCAGAAGAAGCUUGCAGAGAAGACGGCGAAAGCCAAGAAUGACCGUUCAAAGAGCGAAAGCAACCGGGUGGAUGCUCAUGGGAAUAUCCUAUUAACGUCGCUGGAGGUUCACAAUGAAAUGAAUGAUGUGGCAGGCAGCGUUGGUGACACCAGGAAUUCAGCAAUAUCCUUUGACAACUCAGGAAUCCAGUAUAGGAAACAGAGCAUGCCCAGGGAAGGGCAUGGGCGGUACAUGGGAGAUAGAAGCAUCCCGCACAAGAAGACCCACCUACGGAGGAGGUCUUCACAGCUCAAAAUCAAAAUCCCUGAUCUAACCGAUGUGAAUGCCAUAGACAGAUGGUCCCGGAUCGUGUUUCCAUUCACAUUUUCUCUUUUCAAUUUAGUUUACUGGCUGUACUAUGUUAACUGAGUGGCUGUACUUGACUUUUCAAAGACUACUUCAUUUAACACUGAGUGAAAUAUUACCCUGCCUGUCAAGUUUUUAUACCAGUACACACACACACACACACACACACACACACACACACACAAUUGUAUAUAUAUGUGAACUUUCUCAACAUAUAUAUAAAAGACAUGGGUAUAUGAGGAUGUAUGCGUAUAUGUUUAUAUACGCAGGUGUGAGCAUCUGUGUAUGUAAAACAAAUACGCAUACAUACCAUACAUUUUGCAACUAUGGACAAUUUAACACAGGAUGCAUAUUAAAGAAAGUCAUAGCUUUC